AUGCCAUGGCUGUUGCUCACCUCUGCAAAUCUCUUUGGCAGGAGCAGCCUUCUCCCCGGACCCCCUCCUUUCAGAGGCAUUGUAGUGAUGGCUGCAAGAAAUCUGAGUGUGGAGACAAGCUUUGCUCUCUUGGGUUUCACAGAUUACCCAUGGCUUCAGAUUCCUCUCUUCCUAGUGUUUCUGAUGAUGUACAUUAUCACUGUGGCAGGAAAUCUUGGCAUGAUAGUAAUCAUCAAGAUUAACCCCAAAUUUCACACUCCCAUGUACUUUUUCCUUAGCCACCUUUCUUUUGUUGAUUUUUGUUACUCUUCUAUCAUUACUCCCAAGCUGCUUGAGAAUUUGGUCAUGGCUGAUAAAAGCAUCUUCUACUUCAGCUGCAUGUUGCAGUACUUCCUGUCCUGCACGGCUGUAGUGACUGAGUCCUUCUUGCUGGCGGUGAUGGCCUAUGAUCGCUUUGUGGCCAUCUGUAACCCUCUGCUUUAUACAGUGGCCAUGUCACAGAGGCUCUGUGCCCUGCUGGUGUCUGGGUCAUACCUCUGGGGUAUGUUUGGCCCUUUGGUACUCCUUUUCUGGGCUCUUCAACUGAACUUCUCUGGACGGAACAUAAUCAACCACUUUUUCUGUGAAUAUACGGCUCUCAUUGCUGUCUCAAGCUCUGACACACGCAUUCCCCAUCUGCUGCUCUUUAGCUUUGCCACCUUCAACGAGGUGAGCACACUGCUGAUCAUCCUCACUUCAUACAUUUUUAUUUUUGUGACUGUACUAAACAUCCGUUCUGCCAGUGGGCGUCACAAAGCCUUCUCCACCUGUGCCUCCCACCUGACGGCCAUCACCAUCUUCCAUGGGACCAUUCUUUCCCUCUACUGUGUGCCCAACUCCAAAAACUCUCGGCAAACUGUCAAAGUGGCCUCUGUAUUUUACACAGUGGUCAACCCCAUGCUGAACCCUCUGAUCUACAGCCUGAGGAAUAAAGAUGUGAAGGAUGCCUUCCGGGAAUUAAUAGACACAAAAGUCCCAUUUCGGGGGACCCAUUUCAAAAGAUGUGUUUGA